CUAUUAAAGUACAUCGCCAACCAUAACAACUAGGAGAGAACAGCAAUGAGCAGUUGAGCAGUAGACUUGAGAAUUCCUCAAACGCUCUCUUUUCCUCCUCUUUUCAGUGAAAGAAUUCCAUCACUGGUCGUUGGAUAUGGCUCUAGAGGUGGAAGAUGAAGCGUUUUUUGCAGAGCUUAGCAAGCAAAUCGCAAUGCUAAUCACUGAUGAUGAGGAAGAACUCCCAAUUCAGUAUCCUCCCCUUCCAGUUCAGUAUAAACAGGAGAUUGCAUACAUGCCCCAUAUGACGAUGUGGAUGCCACCAUACAUAAAUGAGGUGCCCCAAAGAAGGGAGAGCAAAGGAACUGGAGUGUUCAUCCCCAAAUCUACUGCUCCAAGAAGGAAGAGCAAGUCAAGGAAAUCCACUGCAUCCAUGGAAAAUGGUAACAACAACAGAAACUCACAGAGGCUCCAACAAAAAUAUCCAAACUAUAAUUGCAGCAAUUCAAGUAGCUUGCUGAAGAGGCAGAUGUAGAACAGUGUGUUCGUUGUGUGAUGUGUGAUGAUGGUGCAUGUACAGGGAAAAUAACACACUCGCUGUUAGUGAUUUGCUUGUGAGGAGGAGGGCCAAGGACAAGGUUGGGGCCUCCUUAGUGAUUCGCAUAAUUAAAAGUGGACAUGAUUGCGCACCAAUAUUGCAAUAAUUGAUGAAUGUAAAAUAUCAAAUGAAUCAAUGAAUGAAGCAAGAUUGAUUUGUGGAA